CUCCACCUGCUGAAUUUCAUCGGGUUUCAGUAGUCUUCUCUGUCUCUCUCUUCCCUGUCUGUGUCUCUUCAGAGCGACAGACAGCCGGAGAGAGUGAGUCUGAGGACAUACAGCUCACUCGUGCGUCGCUUCCAAGAGGGAAGCCCCCCACGCGUUGCGCGCUGAGAUCGCCGGUAGAAACUCGAGUGUGCACGUGCGACAGGCUAUAAAUGUGUGUGUUCGCGCACGAUACAGCCCCGGACUCCCUCCUCAACAGUUGCUACCGGAGCGGCGGAGAGGAGCGGUGGAGAGCGAGAGAGACAGCAGACUGAGGACGGACGGACGCGGAGCUCCACGCCGCUCUGCCCGGCUCUGCUCCUGACAUGCACUCGAUCAUCUCUCCGGUGACCAAGGCCAUCCUAGUAGCGCUCUUCAUCUUCGCGAUACUCCUCAUCCUCUAUGUAAUCCUUUGGUACAUUUGCAGAGACGUGGACUGCGACCACGGAAUUUGAGGAUAUUCCAAACGGCAAUACCGGGAAUUUCUCAAUGGGGCGCACAGAAGAGCCCAGGGUCAUCCCUGAUGCCCAGACAAGAUGGCAAGGUUGCCAUAGUGACAGGAGGAGGCAGGGGAAUCGGCUAUGAGGUAGUCCGCCACAUGGCCAGGCUGGGGGCGCAUGUUAUCAUAGGUGGGAGGGAUGAGCAGGAGGGUCUGGCGGCCGUCAGAAGGAUCUGUGAAGAGUACAAAGAGGCCAAAGUGGAGUUCACCAAACUGGACCUAGCGUCUUUGCAGUCUGUCCGUCAAUUUGUCCAGAGCUUCAAGGAGCGGGACCUGCCGCUAAACAUCCUGCUCAAUAAUGCGGGGGUCAUGCUGCUUCCCGAAGGCCGUACUGAGGAUGGAUUUGAGCAGCACUUUGGCGUGAACUACCUAGGCCACUUCCUGUUGACCUGGCUGCUCCUGGAUACACUGAAGGAUUCUGGGAAAUGUGGUUACUUCUCACGAGUGGUCAAUGUCUCCUCCUCUGCCCACCGCAUUGGCGAGAUUAGACUAAAUGAUUUAAAUAGCUGCCAGAGUUAUUCAGCCCAUGCUGCUUAUUGUCACAGUAAGCUGGCCCAGCUGUGGUUUAGUUCCCACCUCCACCAGGAGCUGCAGUGCGGAGGUUUCCCACUGAGUUCCUGUGCUGUGGAUCCUGGCAUGGUGGACACUGCUCUCUAUCGCCACCUGUGGACACCCCUCUGCCUGGCACAGAGCACUAUUGCUCGCCUGCUUUUCAGGACUCCCGCAGAAGGCGCCACCACUGUGCUGUUUGCCGCCCUUUCACCGGCCCUGGAGGGGGGGGAAUGUGGAGGAGGCUACUGGGUCAAUGGACACAGGGAGAUGACAACACCCCCGUCCUUUGACCCCCAGCUGCAGCUAAGCCUAUGGGAAACCAGCGUCCAGUUGCUGGGCCUGCAGUAGCAGUGGACAAAAGGACUAACUGGACGAAACCUGAAAGAAAACAUCAGAUUGGCUUUAAGACACUCGGGCAAACUUGCCACCUUCUCCCUAUUUCUCAGUGUUUCCAUCCGCACCUCACAUCAAGGUGUUCGUAGCGAUUUAUGUUGACAAUCUGACAAUCCACCGCUGGACUGUGAUUGUUUAUUAGGGGAGGAAAAUAUGUCUUUUUUGAUUUAGACGAGCCAAAGAAGGGCUACAGGGAAUGAAAGACGUUUUGAGGAGAAUAAGAAUAGGAUUAUAUCAUUAUAGGAUUCACAGAUACUGGGCAGCUGCUCAGAUUGGCCUUUAGUGAAGUUUAUUUCCUGAUCGUAAAUAGAAAAAACCUGAUGUCAGGCCGGAGAAAUAAUUCAAUAGUAUCAUGUUCAAAAACAUACAAUGACAGCUGCCUCACUCUGCCUUAAUGUCUGGCUUUCAGUAAAGAUCUUCAUUGUCCCUCAGUGAACUAAAUACUGUUUCACAGGCUUCUAAAAACCGAACAAAUAAACAUCUUAGCAAACAUUAAGAUGCAUUUCGGGCAUACAAAUUAUUCAAUUGAAAAGCUGAAUUUUCCCAUUUGUGUACUGGCUCCACACAUUCAUGCACCACGACAAUGAACUGAAAUCUGAACCCGCCUUGUGCUGGCAGAGGAACGUGAUGUCAUUAGUUUGCAUUCACACAUCGCAAUGAACAUCUCACCAUCAUUUGGUUUGACUGGGAGCCCUUUGUGUUUGGUUCAUUCGCUGCUUUUACAAGUUAAUGCUGAAUCAUCAUGCUAACUGCUGGUAAGUGUAUUGUAAGCUGUGUUUUUGGUGAAAUCUGCUUUCCUCAUGAAGAUGCUGGGAAAACAUGAUCAUGAUAACCCAUCGAAAGACAUUCCCACUUACUGAUCAGGGGAUUUAGGAAGACAAAAGAAAGAGAUUGGAUGUAAAAGUAGGACUACAUUUGGAAUAAUUUCCUGGUGUUGACAUUGAAUUGAUGCAAGGAUUUCCAGCAUGGUUUGUUUUUUCCCGCACAGAAACCAAACCGUAAUGAUGGGGACCAAACCGCACUUCACUCUGUCCCCAUUUUCCUUUUGUGCUCUGUGUUAAUCGCUUUUACUGUGUGUGUGUGUGUGUGUGUGUGUGUGUGUGUGUG